GAAUGGGGCGCCGCAUGGAGUACGUUAACGCACACCAUAGCGGCAAUGAGCAGAGCUAAUGUGGACUUCAUGUCUCGACGUUGGGUAGUCGCAGUUGACUGAUACUGUUCCCCAUCUCUUCGCUGCCCUUUUAUAAAAGAUAUACACAAUCACUGAUGACCCGCCAUCCCGCAGUCCCCGUUAAACAAGACGAAUUUAUACAUGAUCAACAAACAUAGUAAACAAGUGAGCUCAACGAAUCGCAUAUAAUCCACUCGCAUUUCGCAUCUACUCUCAAACAGAAACCAACAAGUUGAUCGCAAAUCCAAUUGAAAACGAUGGCGUUUUCUCGAUGUUGUUUAGUGUAUUUCUUGCUGGGGUUCGCUCAGAAUUUGACGCUAGCCCGUCCUCCCCAACAUUCUGCGACGAUGGUGAUAUUCUGCGGUCGUGAGUUAUUGGCAGUAAUAGACGAAGUUUGUUCCGCCUCCAAGAGCUAUUUCGUUUUCGAUCCGCUUGUUGUCAAUCAAUUGAACUUGGAUGUCGAUUCAACAUCAAUCGAUCAGAGACCGAACGACGGAAGUAAACGUGAUUCGCUGUUACGCCAAUGCUGCGCGAUUGGCUGUACGGAAGAUGAUUUAAACAGCUUUUGCCAUACUGAUAGGAACAGAAUAGUGGAAGCAGUGAACCGACAGAGGAAUGAAGAAUUAACUAUUGAUUGGUUGUAUGAAUUUCUACCUCGUUAUGGAGCCACCCUGCCAUCGGAAUAGUCUUUUGCGCUUGUUUCUGUGCAUUGCGUAUCGUGACAUUCACAUAAGGUGGAAAAUGAUUAUCGUAGUUUUACGUGUCGUUUAGAUAGCAAUA